GCGCGAGAGUGUCGGAGGUGCAGAGCUGGAGGCAGGUGAGCAGAUGUGAAGCAUGUCCAUGGAUAGGGGCAGAGUUCCAGCCCUGUAUCAAAACCUCAAGACUCUCUCCAGCUGUCCAGGGUUCGGGGGGCUGAUGCGUAACAGCACAUUUGGAGUUCUCGGGACGAUACAGAUCAUGGUGGGGCUGUUCAACAUCGGGCUCGGGCCCGGACGAACGAGCACGCGUCCUGGAGAUCUGACCAGUUUGGGAGCUCCUUACUGGCUGGGCGCAGUGUGCAUCGCAGCUGGAAUCCUGUCGGUUAUCAUCGGCCAGUGCCCCUGUGUCUGCUUUACGUGGUAUGCUGUGUUUAUGAACAUUGCUGGCUGCAUCUUUGCCAUCAUUGGCAUUGUGCUGUAUGCCAUAGACGUGGCUGAAGCUUCUGUGGUCUGGAUGUGUGACUCGAACUGGUCCACGGCUCAGUAUGAUGAUAACUGCAGAUAUGUGGCGUUCUUUGCUCAGAGUUUGCUGACAGCCAUGGACGUUACUCUGAUCGUGCUGACUGUGCUCCAGCUGUGCGUCUGCAUUAGCGCUGCAGUUCUGGGCAUCAGGGCGCUGUGCAACAGGAUGAAGGGAGAAGCUCUCAGAGAUGCUGAGAUUUCCCAGCCUGUGUGGAAGGAAGUCCUGAUCAGCUGAAGCCAGCGGCCCCAAACAUGGAGACAUCGUCUUUAUGAUCUUUGUUAGUGAAACGUAAUCAGAAGUUGAACCCUGAUUCUGAAAACAUGUAAAAAGAAUACAAAAAUUUGAUAAUCUAAUUAAUAUUAUAUUCACAGUGGAACAGAAAACAUUUCACAUGUUUAAAGUUUCCUGUUUUAGGAAACAAAUGAGUUCAUUUUGAAUUUGAAGGCAGCGACACGUCUCCAGAAAGUCGGGACAGGUCCCUGUUUCCAGCUGUGCAGCAUCUCCUCUGCUUCAACAUCAGUCCGUAAACAUCUGGAACUGAGGACAGCAGCUGCUGGACUUUGGGAAUGUUUCCUGUUCUGAUAGAGGAUUCCAGCUGCAGUCCUGGAGCUGCUUUAUGGUAUUUAUGGUUUCCUGAUGCUCCAGAUGUUCUGAGCCGGUCAGAGGUCUGGACUGCAGGCGGUUCGGCUCUCGGACUCUUCUGAUUUGAAGCCGUGCUGCUGGAAUAGCUGCAGAAUGCUGAUUAGCAUCGUUCUUCCCUGAAAAUGACAUCUGGAUGGGAGCACCUGUAUAUACCUUUCAGAUGAUGGAGCCUUUCCAGAUGUGCCAGCUGCCAGUUCCAAAGGCACUGGUCACCCCCAUACCAUCAGAGAUGAAGGCUUUUAAACUGCGUGCUGAUACCAAGCUGGUUGCUUCAGGUUGUUCAGCACCUCUUCAGUCCGGGGGAUGCAGCGUCCAUGUUUUCCAACAGAUUUCCUGUUUUUAAUGCUGUGCUGCCUGAGCCCACGAGCAUCCAAGAGUCAUUUUUUUGCCUUUUUUUCUCCAGUCUCUGAAUCUUUUAAUGAUACUCAGAGUCUUCACAAUUUUACACUGAGGAACAUUUUUCUGAAAUUGUUUGUAGUCACAGUUUUUUGCAGAUUGGUGAAGCUCUGCCCAUCUUUUAGAGAAAUGCUCUUUGUAUACGCAGUCAUGUUACUGACCUGUUGCAGCUAACCUCAUUAUGUGGAGUUCCUCCAGCUCCUUCUUUAAGACCCACUUCCUUUUCCAGCAUUUUGUUGCUCCCGUCCCAUCUUCUCGGAGACGUGCUGCUGCCAUCAGAUUCCAAAUGAGCUCAUAAUUCUUGUGAAACAAUAACAUGUGAGUUUCAACAUUUGAUGUGUUUUCUGUGCUCUACUGUGAAUAAAACAUGAUUUUAUGAAUGGAAAUCACUGCACUGAGUUUUUAUUUACAUUUU